CUCACCAGCUCCUCCUACUCCACAGGCUAGCCCUCUAGCUGUAGCUGCCGCUGUAAAAGCGACGAGAAUCCAGCCGGUUUAUAUUAACAUUGAAUUGAAAGGGCCUGUUGGAUGAAACUCCAACCAGAAAAUACAACUUAUGGCCUUUAUGGGACGCUCCUGCGCCGGGGUUUACGACGCGAUGGCCAGCUAGCUGGCAGCUAACGAUCCGGCUAGCUCCAGGAGCCGGGACGGGAGCUCCGGCGACAGGCGUCUAAACUCGGCCUUUUAAAGUCUGUUUUCGUGCCGAGCCAUCUCUGGUUUAACUGCGCUCGGUUUGUACGUCGAUUACGCUAAUUUAUCAGAGGAAGGCUUUCUUUGUAAAAUAUGUAGGUCACCGUAAACGACCGAUGGUGGUUAUGUGGGUCACAGGCACCAGCGCGUUAACCUGUUAGGUGGAACAGCUGGUUAGCAAGAGAGCUAGCUACAGCGAUGGUUUUUAAUUCAUAGUUUUAAACGGAGAGACGGUAACGUCGAUGCAUUCGCCUGUGUUUGUGAGCGGUGCUCUGCAGCUUCAGCGGCUGAGCUGAUCAUCGGGUUUAACGCCUGUUUUUUCAUGUUUUGGAGUCGUCGCUGACGGUGGUUAGCUGACUGGACGCUGUUAGCCGAGUUAACCGAGCAGAGCCACUAACCAGGUGAGUGCUACACACAAAGGUAACUCGGCUCGCUGGUUAAAGUGAAUGAAUCGGUUAUCCGUCCGGUGGCUGUAACGCCACGGCCUGGACGCGCAUUCAGCCGGGCUUCAGCCAGCAUGCUCCGGACUUUUAGCGUGUUUGUUUGUAUGUCUUAGCGGAAUAAUCGAGCCUCGGUCCGGCUGCAGUGGUAACACACGGCCCCCUGCUUUUCUCCGCCUUGACACUGAGCUGGGUUGUUUACAUCUACAGGGUUAACGCAUCGUGCUCAGUCGGCCCUGUAUGCACACGCAGGAACGUAACGGGUCAUGCUGAGUGAGGAGCCGAGGUUCCUCCGUGCCUAGCCGGGCAGCAGCAGCUUGGUGCCGCUCAGACAAACUAGAGUGUUUCGGUGGCAGGAGGAUGGCAUUUCACGGCGCAGGCCGGCAGACCGUCUGUGGAGACUUGUUUCCGGGCUCAGAGCUGGGCCACAAGUAUUUCUGUGUCAACUCUUCCUGCGGAGCCCCCUCCACAGGCCUCAGCGCCACACCGUGCCUGACUGGACCCACUGCCCCGGCCGGGACCCCUCGUCACCCCACAGCUCUCGGAGGAAGCACGGGCGGCGGAGCGGCGGUGCCUCAGCCCUACAGCAACCCGGCCAGCGAGGUGCCCAGCCCCCCAGAGAUGGAGCCGGACCGUCCCAUCGGUUAUGGCGCAUUUGGCGUUGUGUGGUCAGUGACUGAUCCCCGCGACGGUCGAAAGGUGGCUUUGAAGAAGAUGCCUAAUGUCUUCCAGAACCUGGUCUCCUGUAAGAGGGUCUUCAGAGAGCUGAGGAUGCUCUGCUUCUUCAAACAUGACAACGUUUUGUCAGCUCUGGAUAUUUUGCAGCCUCCACAAAUCGACUGCUUUGAGGAAAUAUACGUGAUAACAGAACUGAUGCAGAGCGACCUCCACAAAGUGAUCGUGUCUCCUCAGCCUCUCACCACCGACCACAUCAAGGUCUUCCUCUAUCAGAUCCUCCGAGGACUGAAGUACUUGCACUCUGCUGGGAUCCUGCACAGGGACAUCAAACCUGGAAACCUGCUGGUCAACAGCAACUGUCUGCUCAAGAUUUGUGAUUUCGGGCUGGCGCGCGUGGAGGAGCCAGACCCGUCACGUCACAUGACCCAGGAAGUGGUGACUCAGUACUACAGAGCGCCCGAGGUGCUGAUGGGCUGCCGGCACUACGGCUCGGCCAUCGACGUCUGGUCAGUGGGCUGCAUCUUCGCAGAGCUGCUGGGACGGCGUAUCCUCUUCCAGGCACAGAGCCCGAUUCAGCAGCUGGACCUGAUCACAGACCUGCUGGGAACUCCUCCUCUGUCGGCCCUGGCAUUGGCCUGUGAAGGAGCCAGAGCCCACAUCCUGAGGGGGCCGCACAAACCGCCGUCGCUGUCGGUGCUCUACAUGCUGUCUGACGGAGCCACACAUGAGGCGGUGCACCUGCUCUGCCGGAUGCUGGUGUUUGAUCCGGCUAAAAGGAUUUCUGGCAGUGACGCGCUCUCCCACCCUUACCUGGACGAGGGGCGUCUGCGCUACCACACCUGCAUGUGUCAGUGCUGCUACUCCGUUCCCAGCGGCCGAGUUUACACCCGGGACUUCGAGCCGGUAGCCGAGCGGCCGUUCAGCCACAGCUACGAGAACAGCCUGCUGUCUGUGUGGCAGGGGAAAGAGUUAAUCCAUCGCUUCAUUACGGAGCACCAGCAGGGCAAACGGGUGCCGCUGUGCAUCAACCCUCAGAGUGCUGCCUUCAAGACCUUCAUCAGGUCGACUGCAUGGCACUCGUCCAAGGUGUCCCGGAAGGAGGAGAGAUGAGCCGUCCUCCUCUUCGACUGGAGGCGUGACAGCAGUUUGGGAAAGGAUUUCUUUGGCUGUGGCAUCUGAAAAGUUUGGGUCUUUUUUUUACAUUUUUUUCUUCGUUCUUCUGGGAGAUGCAGAGAGAGACGACGCAGCCAAUCACAGCAACAGGAAGACAGCCGACCCACCUCCUCAAAGUCCUCAAAUAUUUCCCCCCUGCAAAUCUACAAAGUCUCCCGAAUAGGAAAACUACCGCUGAACUCCCUGAACGACGCAGACAGCUGAUGCUUGAGGCGUUUUCGGUGCUGAAAAAAAAAAAUGCUGCUGAAGUGCUUUAAGAAAAAAAAGAGGAAAACAAUGGAACUCGGUACUCGAUUGGAUUUUGCAGCUCUGUUAGCAGAGACAUUAAGGAAUAAUGAUUUUAAUGGUUUGGUAGAGUUGUUGCUUAGUUGAUUUUUGAAGUCAUUCCAGCCCUGUGCAAUAUGGUCUAACAGAAAACACACUCUCUUACCCACCGGAUUAUCGGACACUGGCGUGGACACAAGCUCCCGAUCAACCAGACACCGCCGCCCGCCAAACAGCCGUUACCCGCCAAACAGCCGUUACCCGCCAAGGUUUUCUUUUUUCCGACACAUCGCUCACUGUGUUCCCGUCGCUCGGCGUCUCCGUGCGUCGACGCCGCGGUAAUAAUGCAAUUUACCAGAUGUAGCAGGUUUUAACCACAGGUCCCAGGUGUUGCUCCACACGCAGUCGCUUUGUCGUUGUUUUUCUAGCUGCCUGUUUUCCGCACGGUGAGUCGUUUGGUCCUGGAUCACUGUUGUUUCACCACCUCGCCACAUUCAGCGGGAGAGGAAGCUGGAAAAUAAGAGCUUACGAAGACGCAGGAGGCAGGAAUUGAUUCCCCACAGUCUCAUGUCCACAGACCGUGUGAUGGCAGAGGACUUUCUGUGUGUUUCAGUGUUUUUAAUAGUGUGAGUGGUGGAAGAUGCCAAACCUACAGAUAUCUGGCUGCUCUUCUUUCUCCUGUCACGGUCACUGAUCUCUCCUUCCCCCGUGAACUCACCCGGUGUUUUCUGUUGACGGCCUCCGGUUUUUGUCCCACCGGCGGAGAGGAGGAGGAAUGGACGACGGCCAUGAUGUUUUUUUUUUUGUUUGUUUUUAAACUUCUUAAUUUAUUGAGUGUUUGUUGAAGAGUGUGUGUCUCCACCCUUUUUGAUUUAAGUGAACCCCCCAAACCCCCGCCCCUCCUCCCCCGCCGCCCCUCGGUCUCGGUUACCUCAAACGAAGUGAAGGCUGAGGACCCGGGGGACAGGUGGGACAGGUGGGACACGUGCAUCUCUGUAAACUGAAACCCUCCCGUCGCAUCUUUACCGCCAUUCCUCCACAUCCGGUGACUUCUUUUACCUCGCGCUCGCUGCUCGUCUCUCACCCGCCGCGCAGAGUCGGUGUCAGGGUCUGAGAGAAGGACGCUGUCGGUGAAAUGCUGCUGUUUUUUUUUGUUCCUGCUCAGUUUAAGGCUCAGGUGUCCUCUCGUAGACUAUGAAUUGUACAAAGCCACAUACAGACGCACCAGUAUUGAUCCUGGUCUGGAUGAUCGGAGAAGAACAGGAUCAGAUUCUACACUGAAAGAAGAGAAGUCUCGACUCUCACGGUGUGAUGUGAAAUAAAUACCUGAGGAGAUUUUUGUUUCUGGUGGAUGAGCUGUUAUUUUACUGGGCCACAGACGUUGAUCGGAUCGGGGUAAUUUCCACACUGGUGGUUUUUCAUGUUGAGCUGCGGAGCUACAGAUUCCAUCUGCUGAGUUUGACAGCUCGUCCUGCAGGAGCUGGGAUGCUUUUUCCAGCAGUUUAGUUUCAGUUGAUUGAAAAUGAACUUGCAGAUCAGUCGAUUUAAAACUGGGACUAAUGAAUCUUUUCAUCAACAAUGAAAAAUGUCCCUCACAUUUUCCCAGUGAUGUCUUCACAGUUUUUUUUUCUGACGAACCGUCCAAACCUCCAGUUUCUGACCAGCUGUGUUCAGACCUGCGCAGCUGGAGUUUCGUCCUGUGUGAAAACUGAAUGAAUGAUCGAAUCGUUUCUGCUCGUUCCAUAGCGGUGCGUUCAAGGACGCUCCGUUUGUUCGCGUUGGCCAGAUUAGUUUUCCAACAUAUUCCUGACUGUAACUCAAAAUCAGUUUUAUUUUAUUUGAAUUAUUUUCUGAUGAGUUGAUUUGUGAAUCAAAGUGAGGGCUAAUUUUCACAUGUUAAAUAAAACACAUCACAGGUCCAUUGCUAAAUGAUGCCACGACAUAACACAGGCCGUCUGCUCCAGCUCCCACUGAACGGGUUUUAAAAGCUGGAUUCAGACUCAGAACACACGGUUUGUCAAAGUGCGAAUUUCCUUGUUGGAGAGAUGUGAAGAUGUUUGUGCAGCAGUCGUGUGAAAUCUGAGAUCACCUGCAGCGACGUACCAAACCUGGAUGUUCAUGGAAAAAACACAGUGACUUCUCAAAGGGAGGGAAAUAAUCUAAAAGUACCGAUCUGUAGUUGAUGCAGUGAACAUGUGAAACCAUCAGUGUGGUCCUUAAAUCUGUGCCCGUUCCAUGUGGCCCUGAGAUGUUUGGCCCCUUUUCGACUGCAGGAACUUUGCCAGGAACCUUUUUAGGAUCUCAGGAACUUUAAGGGUCGUUUAGUGCCAACGGAGCGAGAGUGACGGCCGACUGCAAAGGCUCAACAUUCAGACAUCACAGCGUCUCUGACCAGGCUGUCGUCCACACUGAAGGAACCUUGGGCUCCUGGUUUAGUUCCUGUGGCUCCGGAACCGUGUGUUUGAACGGUUGAGUUGCUGCAGUCAGUGUUCAUAGAACUGGAUGGUUUUUUUCCCCUUUUUUUGUCGUACAUGCCCUGAACCUCCAGCAGGCGGGGCCCCCGAGCUGCCGGGUCCCCGGAGCCGCCGGGCCCCCGAGCGUCCUCGAUGGUCCCUGACAGUUUCCAGAUUUUUAACCCCUGAAACCUCAGCUCCUCUUCUACAGGAACACAGCGAGUCUCUGUGAGAAACACUAAGACUGACUUGUAUAUCUGCAUGUGUAUAUUUAUUAUCCCAUGGAGAGCAUUUGGGUUUGAAUGCUGUGCAAUGGUUGAGUUUGUCGACGAUGACGAAAACGUACAUUUUGUGGUAAUUUUUAUUUAAUUCAUCUUAGGAAGUGAUUUUAUUAGAAGUUUUGUUUUGUUUCUUGUGAUCUAAUUAGACUUUUUCUGUCCAGAGUCAGAGAACGUUUCGAUAAAUGUUCCCUAAAAAUACCAAAAAACGUAGUGAAGUUCUGCACGCUGUCAGCACCCAUAAGUUUGUUUCAAGUUUAUUUAUGGUUGUUUGAAGUAGCAGCAUUUUGUUUGGUGAUAAGAUUGAAAUGUUGCUGCUUGAAAUAAACUUAUUAGUGUAGUUACUGGUGGAAUUUGUGCGCUCAGAUUACAGAAGCGUUUUCUCGUGUUCACGGCCCACUGUGCACGCCGCUCACUAAGUGUUACCUAAGAUUUGUUGAUCAUCUUCAGCCUUUUGCUGUAAAACACAGAUAUAAAACAACAUAAAUGAUUCAUUUGAGGAAAUUUUAAGACAGAAAACGACGGCAGGCAGGUUCAUGUCGACCGUCGUGUCCUGUAAAUGGACCUGAUGUCAAAGCGUUUUAAUAACUACGGCGGCGACUAACAAUUCUUUUCAUCAUCACUUAAUCUGGCGACGUUUUCUCGUUUAAUCAACAAGUCUUCUGUUCAUAAAAUGUCAGAUUAAUCCAACAGCUCAUAGUAACGUCUUCAAACGUCCAACAGCUCAAAACCCAGAAAGCUUCAGUUUACUGAAACGUCUCCGAACGUCAGACUGAAGAAGCUGCAGUUCACUCUGACAUCAAGCAGGAAAGCAGGAAGUCGGACUGAUCAAUAAAAAUACUUGAUGUGAGGAACCAGAAACGAAUCAUUUAGGGAACAGUUAGACCAAACGUUUCCCUCCGGACGUUUUCUUUUCCUUCUCUUUUCUGUUGUUGUGUUCGUAGAGAUCCUUCCAGCUUAGGAGCAGUUUUGAAACCAGAUGACCUGUUUGGUCUCUUCCCUCCCUGCGCUCUGUUCUCAGAUCAGCUGAGGACAGUGUUUGGAGUCUUUCAGCUUUCAGAUGCUGAAGAAGAGUAAAGCAGAGACGGGACAGACAGACAGAGGGACGGACAGGCAGAGACGGCUGGUCAUCUAUAGGGAUUAGACUUGUUUUCUUCUAUGAAACGAAACUUGAUGUGUUUAUUAUUCUAAAUAUGAAACUGAUGUUUUUGUCUUCGUUUUAGCAAAAAAGUUUUGUUUGUUUUUUGACUUGUGUUCCCAACAAAUACUUGAAUUUCUUAAAAAAUGUUUAGAGUUAAAGUAGUGAAUGAUGAAUAAAUAAAUGGACACUGGAUAACAUUC